AUGGGCAGCAAUAAGAGAAUCAAUAAAGAGAUUCAGAAUAUGAUGAAAGACAAUGAUCUGCGAAGAAAUCAUUACUGUAUAGAACUCGAUGGAGAAACCAAUUCCCACUUCUUUGGCAAAAUUCUUGGCGCUCCGGACACUCCCUUCCAAAGGGGUGUCUUCAAGAUUGAUAUCUCUAUUCCCAACAAAUACCCAUUCGAGCCGCCGGUCUGUAAGUUCGUGACCAAAGUAUGGCAUCCGAACGUGUCGUCACAGACGGGAGCGAUAUGUCUGGAUAUCCUGAAGGAUCAGUGGGCGGCCGCCAUGACUGUCGAAAGUGUGCUCAAGUCGUUGCAGUCGUUUCUGUCGAGUCCAGAGCCCAAUGACCCGCAGGACGCGGUUGUGGCCCAUCAGUACGUCCAGAACCGCGAGCUCUACAACCGGACGGCGAGGUAUUGGACUUAUCAUUACGCCAUGAAUGACGAGACGCGCAGAACUGUCGACAAAAACCAAUUCAGAGAGUUUAAGGAGAAGAUCAACCAAUUGAAAGGCGCGAAGAACUUGGACCACGAGAAUGCCCUCUCUCUCCUCUCUUGUUGUGAUUGGGAUCUGAAUAAAGCCCUCAAUUGA